AUGCAAGGCCCGCCGCCGCCGGAGGCCCAUAUGGAGCAUAUCGUACAGAAUCCGGCAAUGGAUCUCUUCUUCCUCCCAGAUGGCCGCAGUCUUGUCCUUCGUGACAAAAGGCAGACGCCCGAGAAGCCCGUUGGGCUCAAAAAGCAAGAGUCAUUGCAUGCUGCUACUAAGAAGCCUAAAGAAAACCUACACGGUAACGAUGCCAACCCAACACACUUUCCAUCACGAGUCAGUUGCACGCAGACCAAUCAAGCAUUCGAGGAACUCGAGCAUGACACCCACCCAGCGCGGCAAAAAGACGGCAGCCAAGAUGAUCCUAAGCAAAAACUCGGUGCUAAAAAUGGAAAGCGGGCAGUGGCCUUCUUCGAUGAUGAGCGGCCUUAUUUCGUAAGACUUCCGCACAACAAAGUCGAACGUUUUCCGAGCGCGACCACCAUUACUCCCGCGUAUAUAGAAGCUCUGGAAAAAGAGUCGGGUUCCGUAUAUCACGGAGAAUGCUGUAAUCACUCCACAUGCCAUCUCCCUGAUCAUAUGGUUGGAUGGAGCCAAUACUCGGGUGACUACUUAGUCUGUCCCCGUAGAUUCGAUCCGGAAUUGCAUAAGGUCUUGAAUCCACGAUCGAUCAACAGGCUCACUCUUGGAGCCUACAAGCACUUUCAAGAGGCCCAUAGAAACGAAGAGUCCGUGCUACUUUACCAUCUCCCCACGAUUAGAAUGUCAUCAGUAAACAUGGUGGAGAUGCCUGUCUCAUUGGUCAACUUCGUUGAGACCUUGACAGCUUUCGAGGUUCAGCAGAUCUUGAUUGGUAAACUCGGCAUUGACCGGACUGGCAGUCAAGGUUGGUUUCUUCGCCCAAGGAAUGUCUUCAUUCCGAAGUACGCUCUAUGGACGGACACGUACGUGGCCGCCCCUCGUCGAGUGUCGGGAUGCGAUGCAUUCGAAAAGUCCCCAUCGGAAGAUACUGGAGAGUUCCUGGGCCGGCUCACGGAUUCCGCAUACUAUGCCUUCUUAUGUAGCGAAGUGACUGCCGCGCGUAGUCCUGAGGGAUGGUACUUGGCUCUUGUACCGUCCACCGAGCGCCACAUAUACGGGCUCACACCAGCAAUGGACAUAGACAGUAAGAGUUUUCGAGGUGUUGCGUAUGGCGGCACGUCCGACCUCUCAGUCAUAGGCAAGAGCAAGGAUGCCGUGCUGGAGGGUGAAAGAGCUGAUAAUAGCGAAUUGCAGGCAGUAGACCCUCCGUUCUUUAGAAUGGAGUCCAAGAAGCAUACUCCACUCAAAGCCUUUAUCUCUCAUAUCGGCCACCGCAAUAAAGGUGGUGAGAUUUCUCGGGUUCGUUGGUUAGCGAGUUUCGACAAUACUGCACCCAAUGGAAGAAGUCUGGGAGAAAUACCUCGGGUGCGGAUGUCAGGUCAUUCCAAAUUCGCUCCGACAGGACCCAGCACCGCGUACUCAAGGACUAUGGAUCAGAAGAGAAUUGAUGAAGAGGUACGAAAAGCCCUUCCGUCUUUGCAAAAGAAUCAAAUGAGUCAGGUGCAUUGUUGUGUUGACUGUGUUGACUGUAGGUGGCCCACCACGAAAUUUGGUUCGUCCCGCACAACCAAGAAUCCGCAACCUACCGUUGCACGUCACCCAAUGGUCAUGCGUCGCUCAACGGUGCAUCCCAUAGGCUUCUCACCGCCUCGCUCGAAGGCGCCCAAGGUCAAGCUGCUCAAGCAUUCCCAACCUUUAUCCACGUCGCCUCACGACAUGCAUCGAUCUGACAUAGUGUGGAAUCCGAACAAUAGGAGACAUGCAGAUUCGUCGACGUCGCUGUACCAGGGAGUCGAAGGUGAAGACUGGUUCCAUGUUGACUAA